AUGGCAGUAGAUGAUUCAUUCAAAAAACCUGGAGUUGUUCCUUUUAAGUGGGAGAUCCGACCUGGUGUUCCCAAGGUCCAACAACAGCCAAAACAACAGGAACAAUUACCACUGAAACAGAAAAAGCAACAACCUCCACCAUUGCCACCACCAGCAUCAACUUUCAUAAACCAACGUUCAUUGCCAACUCCACCAGGGCCUCCUCAUCAACAAAAGCUUAAACCCCCACCAGCUGGAUCUUACUUGCUCCUAACUCCAGACCCGCGAGGUCACUCUUUUAGUUCGACCCCAUGUGCCCGCUCCGAACGUUGGCUGUUUGAUCAACCCGCCCGGCUCCGACCACAAUGUGUUUCACCCGGGUGUUUCCCAUCACCAUUGCUUAGGCGAAAAAGAAGCAAGAGGAGGACCCAAAAACCCGAACCUGACUAUGUUUUGGACCUUGGGACGCUGUCGCGAUGGUCGGUGUCAAGCCGAAGGUCACUUUCGCCGUACUAUGGCUCGCCAGCGUCAUCCUUGUCAUCUUUUAGGUCAUCACCCCGACCGGUGGCUGAUGCCGAAUGGGCCGGAUUUAGACUUUUUUGA